CUUCUGUCCUCUCGUGCACGUCGCCCAGCGGGCCAGCUCAUUGAUCAAAGCUUUCCCUUCUUUUUUCUACUGGAUUCGAAGUCCGUUCAAACUCUGGUCUCUAUACCCCCCAGGCGCACUGUCUUAUUCUCUAGCCUCUACGCAGAAAGGAUAAAAUCAUUAUCGUGCAAAAAUGUCGAUGGAACAGCAGGCUAAAGCCCCCCCGGAGUUGAAGAAGGUGGCACAGUUUUUGCGUGGUGGAAGUGCAGGUAUUAAGGUUCGGGUGGGAGCGCUGAAUGGAAAACGAGUGGACUACUUCAAGGGUAAAUCUGCUAUUAAAGCUCUGUUGUCUCCAGCAUACCAAAAGCAAAAGUCUGUACCUAAAAUCACCACUGAAGCGGAGGCACAGACGCUUUUGCACGCCAUAAAUGCAUUCACCUAUUUCUUGCGUGUUCAACGCGGUGGACCUUCUGGGACCUCUUCAUCAUCACCGAAAACCCUGCAAAUCAUUCAGGAGCAGAAAUACGCGCCAGAUGAAUAUUACGCGUGGUUCUUUGAAGGAUCUCAGUGGACGACGUAUGCAGGUGGUGUGCUGAUGGUUGCGAUCAUGCUUGGAGGUGUUAUGUUCCCGCUCUGGCCGCCUACCAUGCGAUUGGGAGUGUGGUACUUGAGUAUGGGAAUGCUGGGACUUAUAGCGUUGUUCUUCGUUAUUGCGAUUAUACGGUUGAUUUUCUACAUAAUCACGGUUGUGGUGGCCUCGCCGGGAAUUUGGAUAUUCCCCCAGUUAUUUGCGGAUGUUGGCUUUGUUGAAUCGUUCAUACCUCUAUGGGAAUGGGACCUCCCCAAGAAGAAGUCGAAGAAGAAGAAGAACAAGGGUGAGAAGGGUGAGAAGGGCAAGUCAGAGAAGUCAGAGAACGGCGGUGCGGCAGACUCUGCAGACUCCCGCCCUCAGAGCAGGACUGCUCGCGUUGAAGAAGUGGAGGAUGAAGAUGCAUAGAUACUUUCUCGUGGCACACCACUCUUUAUGCGACCAUUUUUCUUUUUCAUCGGCUCAUUGCCAUUGUUUUCAUGUAGGAAUCAUGAUCGUUUUCACUUUUCGACAACCCGGUUGAAUCAUCCGACAACUUAGACUUUGU